AUGGCCCGAAGAUUUGGAGACUUCGUAAUGCUGGGAUUUUCUCUCAUAAAUGUUAUCAGAUCUUCGUAUGCCUCUGUUGUCUCCACAGGUGAUUUCAACGACGAUUUCUCCAUUACGUGGUCUCAAAGCCAUGUGAAUACAUCUGCUGAUGGACAUUCUAGAAGCUUAAAACUAGAUCAAGAAUCUGGCGCGGCUUUUACUUCAAGAAAUAUGUUCUUGUUCGGGCAGAUUGAUAUGCAGAUUAAAUUGAUAUCAGGAUAUUCAGCCGGCACAGUAUUAGCCUAUUAUCUAAGUUCUGAUCAACCAAAUCGCGACGAAAUUGACUUUGAAUUUCUGGGUAAUGAAACGGGGCAGCCAUACACAUUGCAAACAAAUUUGUAUGUUGAUGGAUAUGAUAACAGGGAAGAAAGAAUUUCUCUUUGGUUUGAUCCAACUGAAGAAUUCCACACAUACACAAUUCUUUGGAACGCUCAACAAAUUGUGUUCAUGGUGGAUUGGGUGCCAAUAAGGAUUUACAGAAAUCAUGAAGACAAAGGUGCUGCUUUUCCGAGCAGCCGACCAAUGUCCCUUAGGAUCAGCCUAUGGAACGGCGACAGCUGGGCAACAAGAGGAGGUCUAGAUAAAAUUGAUUGGUCAAAAGGGCCCUUUAUAGCCUAUUUUAGGAACUAUAAGAUUGACGCAUGUGUUUGGAAAGGAAAUCGAAGGUUAUGUAGGGUAGAAAGCAACAAGAAUUGGUGGAACAAGCCCAACUUCAGUGGCUUGACACCCAGCCAAAGGGGAAUGUUCAGAUGGGUGAGAAAAUAUUAUCUAAUAUAUGACUAUUGUAAUGAUCCACAAAGGUUUCGAGGACAUCUACCGAUAGAAUGCUCUCUUUCAAAAUUCUACUAA